AUGGGUGGCGAUGGCGGCGACAACGCACGGCACUUUGGCCCAAUGUUCAACAAGGACCUGGGCCAGCACAUUCUGAUCAAUCCGCUGGUCUCGCAGGGCAUUGUUGACAAAGCUCGUCUGAAGCAGACCGACACAGUACUGGAAGUCGGUCCAGGAACCGGUAACCUGACAGUGAAGAUCCUGGAGCAGGCCAAGAAGGUGAUUGCGUGCGAGGCUGAUGCGCGCUUGGCAGCCGAGCUGACGAAGCGUGUUCAGGGUGGUCCGUUCCAGUACAAGCUGGAGAUUCUGCACGGCGACGUUAUGAAGCGCGAUCUGCCGUUCUUUGACGUGUGCAUCUCUAACACGCCGUACCAGAUCUCGUCGCCGCUGACAUUCAAGCUGCUGUUCCACCGGCCAAUCUUCCGGUGCGCUGUACUUAUGUUCCAGCGCGAAUUCGCGAUGCGGCUGGUUGCGCGGCCCGGCGAUGCGCUGUACGGGCGCCUGGCAGUCAAUUGCCAACUGUACUCCAAGGUCAGCCAUGUAAUGAAGGUAGGCAAGAACAACUUCAAGCCGCCGCCCAAUGUCGAGAGCGACGUGGUCAAGAUCGAGCCGCUGAACCCGCCGCCACCCAUUGACUUUAACGAGUGGGAUGGCCUUGUGCGCAUCGCGUUUUCGCGCAAGAACAAGACGCUUGCCGCUAACUUCAAGUCGACUGCCACUAUGGAGAUGCUCGAGAAGAACUACAAGACGUACUGUGCCACCAACGAUAUGAUGGUCGAGGACGACUUUGACAUCAAGGGCAAGGUGCUGGGCGUGCUAGCCAGUGCCGGGUUCACGGAGACGCGUGCAGCCAAGAUGGAUAUCGACGACUUUAUGAAGCUGCUGGUGGCCUUCCACGACGCCAACAUCCACUUCUGCUAG